CCAAACAGCACCGCUCCACUCGUAUUGUUACACUUAAAAUCAACAAAAACAUACAAACAUCCCACCUGACAUUAUCUACUUGAGGCAGUUAACACACGAACAUUGAAAGAGCAUUGUGAACCACGUAGUGAUGUGAUGCGUGAAUUCUUAAAGGAUCUGUUUUAACAAUUUUGGAUUGCGAGCUUGAAGAAGGUAGCAUAAUGAGCGAUGACAAAGUCCAGCUGGACUCCGUGCUGGGUACCCUUGGGGCCUUCGGGAGACACCAGCUCAUCACCAUGUGUAUGCUGGCGCUGGUCUACGCGACGAACUCUAUGUAUAAUGUCAAUUAUGUAUUUGCUGUGGAAGAUGUUAAUUAUAGAUGCAGGAUCCCAGAAUGCGACAAGACAGGCUCAUUCGAGGCCUCCUGGCUGACCCCUGGAGAGGACAUCAAGCAGUGCCACAGAUAUCCCCCUCUCGACCACUGCAAUGGCCAGAACACUAAUGUAUCUGAAGUUUGUACGGAGUGGCUGUAUGAUAUACCAGACAGUUUUGUUGCUGAGUUUGGUCUUGCAUGUGAAGACUGGAAGCCUCCCCUGGUGGGAACUGUUCACAGCUUCGGAGCGAUGGUGGGGCUUUUGGUUCAAGGACAAAUUUCUGACAGAUUUGGUCGCAAAACCGCAGCGGUAUUUGCCGGUACAAUGGGAGCUGUGCUUGGUAUCACCAAGAGCUUCGCUACGUCGUUCUGGGUGUACAUCGUUUUAGAAGGGCUAGAAGCGGCAAUCGGUGACGCUCUGUCACCUAUGUUCAUGUUAAGCAUAGAAAUAGUUGAAAAGAGACGUGCAGUGCUCUUCCAAAUGAUCCUGCUCAACUGCUACACAGGAGGCUUGAUAAUCAUGCCCUUCAUAGCCUGGGCGGUGCCCUACUGGCGGCAUUUCCUUCGAGUUAUAUACGCACCCACCCUGAUCAUCCUCACAUAUUCCUUCUACCUUGACGAGAGUAUCCGAUGGCUCUUCAGCAAAGGCGAGAAACAAAAGGGGAUCAAACUCAUAGAGAAGAUCGCGAAACGAAACAAAGUGAAAGUCGACAAGAUACUCCUAACCAAGCUGGAUUACAUUGACGAAGAAAAAUCGACGAAGUACAGCGACAGAAAGUUGCUGAUGAAAACAUUCAAGUCCAGGAUAAUGAUGCAACGAUUCCUCGUGUGCAUGGUGUGGUGGCUGACGAUCACGCUGAUCAACUACGGGAUGAUGAUCAGCUCUGUACUCAUAGAUGGAAACAAAUAUAUAAACUUCGCGUUACUAAUGCUGAUGGAUAUACCAGCGAAUGUAUUUUACUGGCUUGCGCUAUCAAAGUAUAAGAGAAAACUUCCUUUAAUUGCUUCGUUUAUUAUCGGCGGCUUAUUCUGCAUCUCGCAACCGUUUAUGCCCAAAGGCUACGCAUGGCUUGGUCUGCUGCUCUUCAUGGCAUUCGAGACGCUGGCGACGUUCUCGUACAAUAUAGUGUACAUGUACACGUCGGAGCUGUUCCCCACCUACACUCGAAACUCGAUGCACGCCAUCUGCUCUGCUAUUGGUCGAGUUGGGUCAUUGUUGGCGCCUCAGACACCUUUGCUUAUGGCCUACUGGUCUGGACUACCAGCGUUAAUAUUCGGUCUAUCUUCCCUCCUCUCUGGAGCUCUUACCCUCUUCAUGCCAGAGACCGCCAACUCACAACUACCGGACACCGUGCUGGAGGCAGAGGCGAUUGGAUUGAAGAAGGCUCCGGCGUUGAGAGAAGAACUCAAGGGUCUUACGUAGAUCUGAUUGUGUUAGAUAGUCAAUUGUACAGGGUGUGUCUUUUAAUAUAAGUGUUUUAUAUGGAAUUAGAUCAAUAGUGAGUGUAGAUGAGGUUGCAUGUAAACGAUUAUUUCAUUUGUAAAUGAAAACUUGAAGUUUUUCAUUAAGAUUAUAUUUAUAGGUACGACUCAUUAUUUAAUUAUGAUAUGCUUUUUUAUAAGAAUUUGUGUUUUCGUUAUGAAUAAUUUCAGACAGGAUAUACAAUAAUGUACAUAUUAUAUUAUGCUAUUCAUGUAUAAAAACCUAGAUAUAAUCAAUAACGUAGAAAAAAUAUUCUUCUGCAUUAUUCUAAAUUUUUCGUAAUUCAAGUUACAUUUUGAACUGCCAAUAUAAUCUUGUAUAUAGGAAUAUUUUUAUACUAUAUUUGAGUCACUAAUUAAUAAGAGAAAUUAUAAUAAGUAAUAAUAUUACCUACGAAACUACUUCCUCAACUUGUAAAUAUCGAAUUUUAUUGUAAAUUAUAAGA